UCGGAUAAAAAGCAGCACAGAAGUAGAUGUAACUGUUCUUUUGUGAAUAAAUGGAUGAUCCAAAAAGUUAAACUUUCACCACCUGACUUCUUUUUGUGCCAGCAGGUGGCCCCUGGUUUAACCAAUAUAAACAGCCGGUCUGCACAGUUUCCAGUCAGAGAGCUGCUGUUACAACACGCUUUUUAAAGAUGGCAGCGUCUCAGUUCAAAAUAAUCAAGUUAGUAAAACUCCUCGUUGGCGUCUUGUUCCUGACAGCUGUAGCUUUAUUCACUGCAGCGUCUMUCAGGACUCUGUCACUGGACGUGAAUGCGGGACUUCAGCUCGCUCACUGGGAAAGGACGAACAACAUCUCUCUUGUCAUAAAUCAACAACAGAGAGAGGAGCUAUUAGCGCGCUUUAAAGAGGCAAUCAGGAUCCCAACGGUGUCAUUCUCUGAGACGGAGCAAAACACCACAGCACUGCGUGAAUUUAGUCUUUUCCUCCGUAAAGCCUUCCCUACGGUUUUCUCCUCCAGCCUGGUUCAUCAUGAGAUGGUGGCUAAUUACAGCCACCUGUUUCGGGUGGAGGGAUCACAGCCUGACUUAUUGCCGUACAUGCUGCUGGCCCACAUUGAUGUAGCACCUGCCACUGAAUCAGAUGGCUGGGAGGUYCCCCCCUUUUCUGCCAAAGAGAUAGAUGGCUUCAUUUAUGGUAGAGGAACCAUAGAUGAUAAGUACGGUGUAAUGAGCAUACUUCAAGCGUUGGAAUUCUUGCUGCUGAAGGGCUACGCACCACGCCGGGCAUUUUACAUUGGUUUGGGUCAUGAUGAAGAAGUCAAAGGCUACAACGGAGCAUCGAACAUUGUGCGCCUGAUGAAACAGCGUGGCGUGAAGCUGUCAUUUGUCCUGGACGAAGGCCUGGGUGUAGUSGAUGGUGUCAUCGAUGGUCUCCAAGGACCUGCUGCUCUAAUUGGGGUGAGCGAGAAGGGCUCAGCCGACGUGAAGCUCAGUGUGUCUGUGGCUCCGGGUCACUCCUCGAUUCCACCCAGAGAGUCCAGCAUUGGGAUUUUGGCUUCAGCAGUUAAAAGACUUGAAGACAACCCCAUGCCGAGGUUUUUUGGUUAUGGGCCCGAAAGAGAAACCUUUGAACAUCUGGCUCAUAAGUUUAACCUUCCAAUAAAGUUUAUAUUGUCAAACUUAUGGCUGUUCUCCCCAGUCCUUGCCAGAUUGCUCGAAAGAAAACCACACUCUAAUGCUUUUGUUAGGACAACCAURGCAUUGACCAAGUUUAAUGCAGGAAUUAAAUCGAACAUCCUUCCGUCCCUGGCUGAAGCUCAUGUAAACCUACGAAUCCACUCAGCACAAACAGUGCAGGAGGUCCUGGAAYUUAUCCAGGAAACCAUCAUGGACCCGCGGGUGAAGGUAGAGCUCAUUGAUGGAUUUGAUCCCCUGCCUGUCAGCUCCUCCGAUGAGAGGUCUUUCGGCUUUCAGAUCAUUAAGAAAACAAUGUGGGACUUGUUUCCAACAGUUGCAGUUGCUCCAGGUAUUUGUGUCGSGAACACGGACAGUCGGUAUUUUAAAGACCUGACCGGUGAUAUUUAUCGCUUUGCUCCUGUCUGGUUUAAACCAGGUGAUCUUCAAAGAUUCCAUGGGAUAAAUGAAAGGAUUUCCAUAAAGAACUAUGAGGAGAUUAUUGUGUAUUUUUUUAAUCUGAUUCAAAACUGUGACAUUCAGAAGCUCCCUGAGCCGCACAGCUCAUUACACGAAUUCUGAGGAACCAGCGUUUCCGUUACGUGCUCUGAGUUUACUGAAGCCCGGUCCUGCUUCAGUACAACAGUUCUGUGUGCGCUGUUGGAUUUUUUUUCCAGAUGAUUAAUUUCUUAAAGCAAAAUUAAKUCACUCUUCUGAACUAAAAGGUAUAAUUUGGUAGAGCCUUAUAAGAGACUGUAYUGUUUAAUCCACACAGGAUGCUAUGAAUGUAUCAGCUUUGUGGAGACCUUUUUAAACAAAGUUUUUGUUAAAUGUGCAGGUGCGAUUUAUUCCGAAUUCAUGGUGGUGCAGUACACCGAUACAAAUCAACAGUUUUUGAGAAUUUGAUGUGUUUACAGGGAUUUUAGCAUAUAUGGGUGGCAUUUUGGUUAGCAGUGUUGCUUCACUGAAGUUCUGGGGUUAGGCUCUCACCAACGUGGAGCUUUGCAUGUUCUCCUUCUGCGUGUGUGGAAUUUCUCCAAAUUCUUGAGUUUCCUACGACGGUUCAAAAAUCAGCCUGUUGGAGACAGAUUGGUGACCUGUCCAGGGUCUAUCUCACCUCUCACUUGUUGACUGAURACUCCAUUAUACCCAUAAAAACAAAAACUGCAUCCAUACGCAUCCACAUAGCAGCCAGAUAUGUUGUGAAGCUGGCACUGCUGGCAUGGCGAGUGUUUUGUCCACCAGAUGYCGCCAGGUUUGGCRACGACUGCAUGCUUCARUUGGCCCAUUGGGGUUUGGUUUAUGUAGUGCUGGCCCAUGCUCUGGUGAACCACAAAAGGAGCACCAAAGKGUUGUCGUUCUUUGCAGUAUCUGGGCCUUGUGUGGGCCAAAUAGUUUUAUUUAACUGUAAUGCAUUAUACAGUUUUCCUGCUCAAUAUCCAAUGCGGUUUGCUGUGUGUUAAUGGAAAAUGACUGAAAACCAUCUUUUUUUGACUGGCUGGUCUUAUGGACUUUCCUGAACUGCUUUAAAACAGAGUUUUAUCAGAAGCACUGUAGUUUUAUCUCUUUGCUGCACCUUAAUGCACCAUAGCAAAUACAAAAAUAGCACCRGGACCAACUAUUCUUAUUGAUGGAAAACUACAGAAACCAUAAUAAUUAUUAACUAAAACAAAGAUGUUUACUGAGGUUAAUGACAUGAAACUUGUUAGCUCACAUGUGAAAAUCAGAUAAUGAGGAUCUGUAAAAGACCUUUGAGCUUACAAAAGCAACCCAACAACUUGUAUAAUGUACUUAUUUUUGGAUUCAGAUGUUCUUUUUUUCAACAUUAAGAGUUUUUUGGAUAUUUUGUAAGUCUGCAAAUGCAUAAAUUUUGAACAUAACCAAUAAAGCCAAUAAACCAGAUACAUAAAAUCUUAGAGGUAAAAUAAUGGAUGUUCUUUCCCUUGGGACUUUAUACAACUCUUUGAGUAUUCUCACUCGUCACUGAUGAGUAUAGCAGGAGUAGUGGGGAGUACAGUGUCUUGCUGAAAGACAUGUCGGCAUGCUCAUUCAGAAAUAGAAAAAAACAUUCUGUGCUGUCCAUUUUAUUCAAACACAGCGUAAAAGCUGACAUUCAAAGCAAUUGUAAAUAUCUUUUUCUAAUUGAGCUUAAACUUUUUUUUAAUUAAGUGAAAAUAAAGUCCAGAAAGCAAAACAAAAA